AUGAAUUCCGCACUUCGCAGUGUCCUCUUUUCCUGGAACAGCAGUAGACGGCGGCGUCCUAUAAAACGACCAGAUGGCACCUUCAAUUAUAACCCUGACGUCUAUUGUGAUAAAUACGACGAAAACGCUGGAACUUGUCCGGAUGGUGAUUCCUGUCCUUAUGCUCAUCGCAACGCCGGCGAUACCGAAAGACGUUAUCAUCCCCGAUAUUUCAAGACGGGCAAUUGCAUCUAUGAGACUACCGAAACCGGGGCAUGUGUUAAAAAUGGACUGCAUUGUGCCUUCGCCCACGGUCCAGAUGAUCUGAGAUUGCCCGUGUAUGAUAUCCGGGAAAUCCAAGACUCCUCAUCCAAGGUUCCCGUCAAUCUACCAGCUAGUUUAGAAAAAGAGCGCGUCUUAAGUGAAGACCCCAAGUGGAAUGGUAAGUCAGCUCUGGAUAUUAUCAUACCUGCAUAUUUUUGUGUCGUUUUUACAUAUUCGAUGUUUGCGUUGGUUUACAGUUGUAGAUCGUUUCAAUCUAUACCAAUUUAG